AUGGCCGGCCAACCAUCAUACCCCGCCAAUACCAACCUCACCUCCAACCCACCACUCCCAUCGGCAUCAUCACAGUCCAACGUCGCAUUUACACCAAGCGCAACCUCCAUCGCCGACUCCUCCGACAACGAGUUUGAGCCAACCCCCGUCCACAGCCCAGGCGGUCCCCAGUAUGAAGAUUUGCCACCAUCCUACGACGAGGCGCGGGACCAAGCCGUCCACGACACGCGUCAUGGCAUCGCGCCCGUAGACCCCAGCCAAAUCGAAGCCCAUCGCAUUACUGCCAAUGAAGGACCAAACGAGCCAGAAGUAUGGGAGUACCGUGUAAGAGGCGAAGAACCAGAUCCUGCAAGUGAACAGGAACAAGCGCCGGAUUAUGCGAAUCAUACAAACGACAAGGCCACAAGUGUCCCAGUCCAGCAUGUCAGUACGAGUGAGAACAUCGCAGUGGGACGAGUGCAUAGCGAACCUACUUCUUCGUCGAGCAAACAGCCCGAUCUGGCUUCUGACUUGCUCACCCAAGCCUUGAAGUUCAGCCGUGAAGAACCAGAUGCUAAGGCGCAGUAUGCUCCGCAUCUAAACCGCAUCAUCGCGAUACCUGACCAUGCAGGACCGGCAAGACGUGCAGAUGAACACGUAUACUUCUUAGUUGCGUACGCUGAAGUGUUGGACCGGCAUUCCAUCAAGCCAGCCGAGUUUGCAGAGUUCUUGUACGGUCUACAGGUCCUGACUACAGCCGCGCACACGACGGCCGAAGACUUGCUACACGAAUCGACGCAUGAAGGACUCUCUUCCAGCAUCGUACACGACUACAUUCGAGGAGCGAAUGAAGCUUUCUUCGCGCCGAGAGGUCUGAUUGUGUCGUUCCGCAGCGAGACUGCGCUUCUGGAUAUGCUACCUAUACCUGCGGGCCACAAACCCACCGUUCUCGCCAACUUGGCCGAUAAGUCUGCAACGGCUGAAUGGCGUGCAAGGCAAUUAUACCCCUGGAUCGAAGCUCUCGACGCUGACGCAGUGCCGAUGCCGAGCGAGAGAGUGCUUAAGCUGCAUGAGAUGAGUGAACGGUUCUCGGGUCAGACGGCUACUGGCUCGCCUGAUUAUGUUGGAAACACAUCGUCGCAUAACAGGGCGCUAGGAUCUGCUGGAACAUAUGAAGACCCACCUCACUCCAUUCCUGGACCUCCAGAGGAGUCUUCACACGCACAUGGUCGACACGGACGGGGUGGCCAUCAUCCUCGCGGCAGACGAGGCGGUCACUGGUCACCCUUUGGUAUGCCAGGCCAUGGCCCCUUCGGUGCACCUGGCAACGGACCUUUUGGUACACCUGGCAAUGGGCCUUUCGGGCGCGGCGGUCGAGGACCAUUCGGGCCCCGAGGCAACACCUUCUUCGGUAGAGGAGGCUGCUCCUCUCGUGGCGGACGUGGACGUGGACGUGGACCACCACAAUCCGGAAACGAGUGGGCAGAAGUAGGCAAAGAAUUAGGAAAGAUUGGGGAGCAAUUCGGUAAACACAUGGGUGAUUUGGGUGUUGAGAUCGGUAAACGCGCUAGUGCUUUCGGGGUGGAGGUGGGUAGGAUGGCUAGUGGAAAUGCAGGUGGAAGUGUGAGUAUGAGUGGGAACAGAGGGCCUACUACCUCAGGUCCUGCCUCGUACGAGCAAGUCCACAACGACCUACCACCUGCGUACGAUACGCCACCGGGCCAAGAAACAGGCGUGCUAUACGGCGACCGCAAAAUCGACACGGCAUACCCCACCGACAAGAAGGAUAAGGGCAAAGCUGCAGUCAAGGACCUGGAUGACGACGACGAUACCUCCUCAAUAUCAUCAGAUAGUUCAGACUCGUCCUCGGACUCUGAUUCUGAAUACGAUUCUGACUCCGACUUCACCCCUGCCACCACCGACAAGACCAAAGCCCUCAGAGUCGCACGCCGCCAGAUCAAACAACGGAACCGCCAACUCAAGAAAGACCACAAAGCCAAGAAACGCGAACUCAAAGCCAAAGCCAAACACACCGACACCAAGGGCAAAGGUAAAUCCAAAUCCAAGAAGGAUCCGGAAUGGAAGGCUGCGAAGAAAGAGUAUAAAGUGCAGAGGAAGGAGUUGAAGAAGGAGAGAUUGGCUGUGAAGAGGGAGUGGCGGGAGGCGAGAGAGGAGAUGAAGAGGGAGAAGAGGGGGGUGAAGGCCAUGGCGGUUGGUGGGAAAGCGCGAGAGGGGUCUGAGAAGGGAGGAGAGGGAAAGAUGGGGGUAUGGUUGGUGAUUGAGAAUUUGGCGCCUUGA